AUGCAGUGAACUGAACUGCAGCUGGUUCUGUAAACUACUGUACGUUAAUUAAAUGAUAUGAGUAAGCAUAGGAAGUGAAAAUUUGAGACGCUUAGCAGUCUUGGAUUGUCUAACUGGCUAGAUUAAUCUUCAAUUGCAAUAUAAAUAAAUCCAACUUUACAACUAAUACCUGCAGAAAUUGCAUGUUUAGAAAACUUGGAAUUGUAGUCACGUGUCACAGCAGCAGUGAAGAAACAACGAUAAGUUGUGUGACGUAGGCCGCCUGUGCGAGAGUUACGUUUCAUCAUCGCCACCAUGCAUCACGCAGUCAGUCAAGUGGGUCGGCUGGUUAGUACGCGCCGAGCGGCAUAUGGAGUAAGACCAGUGUGGGCUGCGGCAGAGCAACUGUUAUCAUCAGUAAACAUGGCUUGCAACAGCCAUGUACCAAAGAGGCAAAAAGUUCUCACUGUUGAAAAUAUGAACCCUCACAUACGAACGAUGGAAUAUGCCGUGAGGGGACCGAUCGUACAGCGUGCUACAGAGAUAGAGCAUGAGUUGAGUAAGGGUGUCAAGAAGCCAUACAAAGAUGUUGUAAAGUGUAAUAUUGGUGAUGCACACGCAAUGGGCCAAAGGCCAAUCACUUUUCUCAGACAGGUGGUAUCAUUAUGUACAUACCCAGAAUUGUUGCAGGACAACAGUUUCCCAGCUGAUGCAAAAGAAAGAGCAGAACGAAUCCUGAACUGUUGCCGGGGUAGAAGUGUUGGUUCUUACAGUGAGAGUGCAGGCUUAGAAGUUGUCAGGAAGGAUGCCGCGGCAUACAUCGAGAAGAGAGAUGGUGGCAUUCCUAGUAAUCCUAAAAACAUCCUACUAUCAGCUGGUGCUAGUGAGGGAAUCAGGUGUGUCUUGAAGCUGUUAGUGUCUGGUGAAGGGAAGACUAGGACAGGUGUAAUGAUUCCAAUCCCACAAUACCCCUUGUAUUCAGCAACGGUAGCAGAGUUAGACGCAGUCCAGGUGAAUUAUUAUCUAAACGAAGAGAACUGUUGGAGUUUGGAGGUUCCUGAACUGAAGAGGUCAAUCGACGAAGCCAGGAAACAUUGCAAUCCAAAGUGUAUUGUAGUCAUAAAUCCAGGAAACCCAACAGGUCAAGUGUUAAGUAGGGAGAAUAUUGAGAAUAUAAUCAAGUUUGCAGCUCAAGAAAAAUUAUUCAUAAUAGCAGAUGAGGUCUACCAGGAUAAUGUGUAUGCCAAAGGGUGUGAGUACCACUCAUUUAAGAAGGUCCUUACGGAGCUAGGCCCAGACUAUGCUCACAUGGAGCUUGCAUCAUUCCACUCAACGUCUAAAGGAUAUGUGGGAGAAUGUGGUCUGAGAGGAGGGUACUGCGAGGCCAUUAACCUUGACCCUGACGUCAACUUACAAUUGUCCAAGUUAAUAUCGGCCAAACUCUGCCCCACGGUUACUGGGCAGGCAGCGAUGGACUGUGUUGUGAACCCUCCAGUUGAAGGGGAACCAUCCUAUGAUCUAUUCAUAAAGGAGAAGAAAGAAGUUCUCUCGAACUUGGCGCAGAAAGCUAAGUUGAUUGCUGAUAGCUUCAACGCUCUGGAUGGUAUCAGUUGCAACACAGUGCAGGGGGCGAUGUAUGCAUUCCCCCAGGUCAUGUUACCACAGAGGGCUAUUGAACAGGCCAAGAAAUUGGGAAAACAACCGGAUGCAUUCUAUGCCGAGUGUCUUCUGGAAGAUGCCGGUAUAUGCGUUGUCCCCGGUAGUGGCUUCGGACAAGUGGAAGGAACAUUCCAUUUUAGAACGACGAUACUUCCUCCUGUUGCCAAGAUCGCUGAGGUUAUGGAGAGAUUCACCGCGUUCCACACAAAUUUCCUCAACCAAUACAAAGACUAAAUUUCAAGAUGUGCUAAUAGUCGUGCUACAUACGUGGCAACAGAGUUUGCGAAUUUAUAUCCAAUAUAUUCUCACUGAGUCAUCUGUAUAAACUAUAUUUGACCAAUUAGGUCCUUGAACAGUAAAAAUACUUUAAUAAAAAAAAAACAAGGCCAUAAUAUCUUUCAUUUGUUGCUUGUAAAUUUGUUUAGUGGAUUCAUCAGGAUAUCUCCGACGAGAACAUAAAUGGGUGUGGUCACUUCCGAAAGAUGCAAUGGGCUCUUUAAGUGCACACGAACCAGAUGUAUGCACUGGACCUCCAUUUUAAGUCCUUAUCCAAGAAGACUUGGUUCUACCAACUGACUCCUGGGCAAGAUGUUAAGGCUGUAGCUAGCGGCGCCAAGCCUUACCGCUCAGCCACUCAACUCACCAAAGGGUUGCUUAAAUGCCCUGAUAUUGUUUUUUGUGACUGCUCAAUAAACUUAAUUAAUUGUAAAAUUUUAAACCUAAAAUAAUACAUAAUAUAUAUUUUUCCUUUCAUUAUGUAUUGUGAGAUUAUUUUACUGUAUUAUUUUAUUUUCAUGUUUAGUGUGAUAGCACUUUAAGUGAUGCAUAACUGAUUUCACUAGUGGAUUACACAAUAAUAAAAAAAAAAAUAAGAAUGUAUAGCCUCUGCCAAUUGAGGCUUAAAUGCAUGGGUCAUUAAUGAUUAUAAAUGUUGAAACUGAAUUUUGAAUUUUGGGGAAAAACAGUCAUCUUUUUGGCUUUUGCAGCUUUUUUGGUUUUUGAUCAAUUUUUCAAUUAAUUAUUCAUAAUUGUUUAAAUAUUAAAUUAGAAAAAGAUUUCCAGAAAAUGCUGGAUAAAAUUAUUGUGAUGAACUUAAAUGGAAGUACUGUAGUACUGUAAAAGAUAGACCAACAGUAACUGUAAUACUAAUGUAAUAACUGUAGUCAGAGUUCUAUACUGUAAUAAAUAUAAAGUAAUAUUAAUAAACAGUAGUUGGACAAAUCAACAAAAUACCAGAAGUUCUGUCCAUCCUGUAAUUUUGCCCAUAUAUGGGUGUCAUGGCAUCAUAUGACACCCAUAUAUGAGUGACAUAUGACAUGAUCAUCAUGUCCAUAUAUGGGCAACCAGAAUUUUCUCACAUAAAAUGUGAUAUUCUGGACAGCGCUUUGGGAAAUUGACUUUCUUCAAUGCCAUUAUGAUUUCCUAUUUUUGUUUUACUGUACAACAUGGUAAAUUAGUCUUGAUGAAUGAAUAUGAUGAAGGUUACUGCUAUUGUAGAAGAGGUUUGGCGCCACAGGAACGGUUUGUUCUCCUAAUCUUAAGGUCGGAGUUACGUUUGUGUCCUUGGGCAAGGCGCUUUAUCUGCAUUGCUUCUCUCUAUCCAGGAGUAUAAAUGGGUACCUGGUGGGGUUGCCUGCUCCUGCACUGAUUACCAAAAAGGAGCAAUAUGCAUAAUAAUAAUUUCACCAAAUCCUGACGAUGGAGAGAAUUAUACGUGAAAAUGUAUAUAUCAUUACGUUUUAACAAGUUUGAUGUGCUAAACCAAAUAUGAAAUUAAUGGAAUACACUCAAAAUAACUCAGGUUAAUUCCGACAUUGUCAAAAUGUUUUGCUCACUACUGUACCCAUAUUGUGACUUAAUAAAAACAAAAAUGACAGUUAAAAUGAUAUUGUAUGAAGGAUUCAUAAUAAUUUUAAUUGUUUAAUGUUUAUUGUAUAUGAUUGUAAACACCAAGAAAAUAAAAUUUCAUGUCCACCAUUAUUUGUGUUCAGGUCAAUAAAAUAUAUCUUCUCAUAAA